GUUUUUCGAGUACCUCCUCCAUGCCAUCAUCCAGAAGACUAAGAUUAAUCGUAUUACUUUCAUCGGACGACGAUAAGUAAGUAAGACAAAAUAAGCCACCGACUCCGACCACCAUGAGCGCCAGCCCCGUACGGGCGAGCGCUGCGCUGCGCUCGACCAGGGGAGACGAAAAGCGAGUAUGUCGACUGGAGUUCGACUUCGACACGAUGGGACCGCUAGCGACUGCGCUGUUGGCGUUUCCCAUGUUGAUUGCGCACUGAUGCUGGCCGGCGCUUUUGGGAGCGGCCCUGGGCCUGGCGGUUUCUCGUGAUUGCCUACAAGCGUCUUACACUUUUCUUAAGGGUCGCCAGAUACAUUAGAUAGAGAAGGAGAUUUGGAUUCCUGAGUUCUGCUCGCAUUACAACUUAUUUUAUCAAGGACGGGGGGCAUCGUCAACACAAUCACAUACGAGUGCAGCUUUAGUUUUGUGAAAAUUGAGUGAGUGCUCUAAUUUCAAGUCGGUGCUGAUGCUGGUGCUGCUCACAAACCUAACGCAGUACUUCUACAAGCCGAGUCAGCGAACGGCAGCUGUGCUGAUGCUGUUCGCGACGUUCUUUCUUAGCCUUGGGCCGCUGCGAAAUAUGUGCUUUGCGGUAUUUUUCCCUUGAAAUUAUCCUGUUAUCACCUACUUAGAAAAUAAAUGAUGUCAGAUGUCUCUUUACCAAAAAACUUGACCAACCUCUGUGUUUUCCAGAUUUGCACGCAAUCAUUCAAGCUGACGGGAUUUGACCCGACGAUUGAGAUGGUCCUGGAAGUGAGUUUUAAUCCGUUGAUGAGUCGGCGUCUGAUCCAGUGGUACACGGCUGCAGGGACGUUAUUUUUGCUGGCAGCCACCGCAUUGCACACAAAUUUCUUCACGAAAAUAAGCCUGCAUCUGGCAGCGAGAACGAACACGAAGAGAUGCCCUAGCGACGAAGACAGCAGUAUGUGGAGUGCGUCGAGUGCCAGCAACGGUGUCGUCACAGUUGACGUCGACGGAGAGGCUGAUUGCGUUACCUGACAGCCGACACCAGCAGUGUAAGUGUACUUAUUUUUGCGAGCUAUUAUUCGAUCUCGGGAGCAAGUUGUGGGCAAGAGCGGACCCUUUUUGUUUGGAGUGGCGAGCGGUCCGCAGCUGAACUUUUGAUCCAUCGUUGCCGUGGUAACACGUCGGGUAGAGAAGAGGCUAAAAAGUUAGUCUCCGCGCACCAGUCUGUCAGCAGCUGGCUUUCAUUUUCUUUUCCACUUGUCCCAUCCUAGCAUAGCGAAUCGAAGAGGACCUUCUAUUGCGAGACAUGUUUUCCUGUUGUGUAACCACAAUUGGGGAUCGAUCUUUCUGGUGUUUGCUAAUCGAUCAUGAAACAUAAAUUUAUACAUACUUACUCGUUUAGCUCCGUAUAAUCUCGUACAAAACAAUUGCGUGACACUUGAGGUUGUCGCCUUUGCGCUGUGAUCUCCUCAGCUGUCUGGCCACCGAUGCAGAGGAGUGAUUUCCGCAUUUCAAGAUCUGAGUAUGAUGAUAAUGAACACGGAGCUCCUGCAAAUCGAAAUGUAGCGUUAUGUUGCACAGAUGGAAGAACAAGACAAAAAGAACUGCAGAUGAAUCGAGGUGAG